UGAGGGACAGGGACCUGGGGGGUGAGGGACAGGGCCCCGGGGGGUGAGGAUGCGGCCGCGGGUCGGCCAUGCGCCCACUGCCUGACAUGGAGAGUCGGCAGCAGCUCGUCAUCCGCAUCAGAGGCCCCGAGGGCGGCGACGUGGACUGGAGCAUUCCCCCCGCCUCCCAGCUGCUCUUCAGGGACGUGCUGGAUGUCAUUGGCCAGGUGCUGCCUGACACGACAACGACAGCUUUCGAGUAUGAAGACGAGGAUGGGGAUCGUAUCACGGUGCGGAGCGAUGAGGAAAUGAAGGCGAUGCUGUCAUACUAUUAUACUACAGUGACAGAACAGCAAGUUAAUGGGGAGGUGAUUGAACCUCUGCAGAUAUACCCACGAGCCUGCAAGUCACCUGGGAGAAGGAACAUACAUGGCCUGAAGGUAGAUACACGGGCAGGGUCCUCUAAUAAUAGCUGCCCAGCAGUCACAGAAGGACUGCCGAACAAUAGCUUGAAGAAAUCCUCUGCUGAGCUGAAGAAAAUCCUGGCAAAUGGACAGAUGAACGAACAGGACAUUCAGUAUCGAGACAUCCUCGGUCACGGCAAUGGGGGAACUGUGUACAAAGCACACCACACCCCAAGUGGGAAGAUCCUAGCAGUUAAGGUUAUUCCCUUAGACAUUACACUGGAGCUUCAAAAACAAAUUAUGUCCGAGCUGGAAAUUCUUUACAAGUGUGAUUCGUCAUAUAUAAUAGGAUUUUACGGUGCGUUUUUUGUGGAAAACCGAAUAUCAAUUUGUACUGAAUUCAUGGACGGAGGCUCUUUGGAUGUUUACAGUAGGAUCCCUGAGCAUGUACUGGGGAGAAUCUCUGUUGCGGCCUUUCGUGAUGACCAUCUGAACCCUUUGUUUGCUGAGAGGAGUAUAACAGCGGGGGAGGUGGUGAAAGGCCUGACUUACCUGUGGAGCCUGAAGAUCUUGCAUCGUGAUGUCAAACCUUCUAAUAUGCUGGUGAACACUCGGGGACAGGUCAAGCUGUGUGACUUCGGAGUCAGCACCCAGCUGGUGAAUUCGAUCGCCAAGACUUAUGUGGGAACCAAUGCCUACAUGGCGCCCGAAAGGAUAUCAGGUGAACAGUACGGAAUACAUUCAGACGUCUGGAGUUUUGGCAUUUCGUUCAUGGAGCUUGCACUUGGGAGAUUUCCAUAUCCUCAGGUGCUGAGACCCGGGGAAGUUCAGAAUGAAGUGAUUCAGAAAAACCAGGGAUCUUUAAUGCCACUCCAGUUAUUACAGUGCAUCGUUGAUGAGGAUCCACCAGUUCUUCCAGUUGGGAAAUUCUCUGAACCAUUUGUACACUUCAUCACUCAAUGCAUGAGAAAGCUACCCAAUGAAAGACCUGCUCCUGAAGAACUCAUGGUUCAUCCCUUCGUCAUGCAGUACAACGACAGGAACGCAGAGGUUGUCUCUAUGUGGGUUUGUCGGAUGCUCGAAGAGAGACGUUCUCAACAGGGGGUCCAGUGACCAGCCGGGACAUAGUGACUGCCGACAGAGAAAGGCCCGUUUCCCGAGUCGACAUUCUCAACUGAAUGAACAGUUUUCAGUUUAACCAGGUUCAUUGUCGCCGAGUUGCUGUAGGCCGAUAGCGUCUGUUGCUGUUGGUCCCAUGAACGGCCAUCAUGACUUGGACCUAAAGACGAUUCACAAGAAGGGACAGAUAACAGGGGCCGUCACUGUCCUGGGCAAUGAAGCCAAAGAGUUUCACAAUUAAUUCAUCACGCUCUUAGCGGGUGCCAGUUGUCUUUGUGAAAUUGAUGCUCUUUCUAGCUCUUGUUAGCCCUGGUGUUAGCAGCUGCCCAGUCAAACAGUGACUGGGAGGUAAGUACAGAGAACAGGACCCGCUCUCCACUGUUUGAAAGCAAUAGGAAGGUUUGGUGCAGCUUAUUUCAUUUUAAUGUUUUGUAUUUUUCAGCGCAACAAAACAAGAAUUUUUUUUUAAUCUCCCCGUGGAUAGUUUAUUAAAAAUAUAAUUUUGUCACAAAAUUUUUACUAGUCCCACUCCCCCGCUCUUACCCCAACUACUCCCACUCCCCUGCUCUUACCCCAACUAGUCCCCACUCCCCCGCUCUUACCCCAACUAGUCCCACUCUCCCGUUCUUACCACACCUCGUCCCACUCCCCCCGCUCUUACCCCACCUUGUCCCACUCCCCAUGAUAACUUUCAGGCUCUCCUCGCCUGCCUCCUCUGCUCCUUGUUUUCUUCUCACAGGCGACAGUUCGGAGUGGCGGGGCCGCUGAGUGCUAAAGCUAAUAGUGGUUUACAGUGUUAUUGCAAGUUCUAUGUCGAGUAUUAGGGAAGGGGAUUUUGGAGGAGAAUGGGGGCGGUGGGGGGAGGGGAUUUGCAGCUAAAAACCAUUGGGUGCAGAUUGGAAUCUCGUGAACUAGCGCAAGUCCACAGAGAGUCCGCUUGAUGUUCCAGGCAGUUCAGAGCUAAAAGCUGUCAAAUCUUAUAGGUAAACUGAAACCAUUGCCUUCCUUAGGCCGAGGUAGCUGGUACCUGGAAUGGAGCCCUCUCCCAUUCCCCUGGGACCCUCUGUGUGUUUCUGGACAUUCUCCCAGUCACUGGCUGCUCCAAUGCGCUGUUCUCGCUCCGCUUCACAGUGAACAAGAGCAACAACAACAAAAGACAUUUACACAGCACCGUUCACGUCAGGAGGAUGUACCGAGGUGCUGGACCAUCAGGGAUUUGGACCCGAGCUGGGGGUUGGGAUCAGGAGGGGUGGAGGGCAGGAAGGGUAGGGCUAGGAGGGUGACCGAAGAGGAGGGUCUUAAGUGUACUUAAGGCACUGUCCUGCAGCAGCGGAGUGACUUGGUGCAGAGAAGAAAAAGUCUUGAGAGAGUUCUUGGAAAAUGUUACAUAUUUUGCUUUUAAAGUAUUUUAAGCUUAAAAUAUCAGCAAACUGUAUGAGGUUGCCCACCCCCACAGGUUGAGUCCGGUUCCAAAGAAAGAUGUUGCAUUGUUUACUGAUGUGCCUUGUAUUCAUUUAGCCUUCACCAUGAUGACUGAUCCCUUUUUAUUAAUAAAAAACCUUUAUGCAGUCUGUCCAGGGCUUGGCUUGCCGCGCCACGCUCUGAAUGUUAAACUUGUACACUUUAUAUUUGAGAAUAAAUUGCAGAAUAAAUCACCGCUUGCAAAGGGA